AGAACUCACCAACUUAUUUCAAUCAGCGCUUCAGAAAAAAAAAAAAAUGUUUUCAAAAGGUAUCUGCACCGGCAAGGAAGAAAGUCUCCGUGGAGCGCGGAGGCUUCACCACCGGUGGAAACCAUUGUGUCCGUACCUGUAAUCGAAGACCAUUGGUUCGAGAUCCGACAACACGAAUGACAAAUACGACGUCGUUCCACGUCCGAGACGAGACGUGGCCAUUCCACGCUGACUUCUCUCAUCGACCACCGUCGUCUCUCUCUCUCUCUGCCCCAUUGUCAAUGGCCCUAUCAAACAGACACAAAACAACACGCACCGUUCCAACACUAACGUCACAUUUACACCUCCAUUUCCUCUAAACCCUUAGUCCCGCGAUCUCCUCUCUCCAUCUCCAUCCUAAAUUCCGUUCCUUUUCCUCCGAUUUCCCUGUUUAGCUGCCGGGAAAAUGUCGUGGCUGAGGUCCGCCGUGAACAAAGCGGUUGAGGUUGGGAACAAGAACAAUCUCUCUCGGACCGUCAAGAACUACGCCGACUCCGUCGUCCAUCACGCCGGCCAAGCCGUCGCCGGUGGCGCCAAAAUCCUUCAGGAUCGAAUAGGUGCUAGGAAUUUCAGAAGUGCCAAGCAGACUAUAAAACGAUUAGAAGAAGCAGCUGUCUCUUGCAGGGGCAGUGAAAGAACUCUGUUACUGAAAAGGUGGUUGAUUGCACUUAAAGACACUGAAAAGUUGUCUCAUGAUAGCUCUGAGGACAAAGAAAACACACUCAAUGAACAUACUGCUUCUGAUGAUUCGAAGGAAAGUCCAAGAAGACCAUCCAUGGCUUCGUAUUAUGACUCUGAUGUGGGGGGUGAACCAAUGAAUUUUCGAGAUGUCUUCCUUCAAAGUCAAGCUCUGGAGGGCAUAGCAUUGUCUAUGAUUCUUGAAGCCCCAAAUGAGGAAGAAGUUUCCCUUCUUUCGGUGAUGUUUGGGCUUUGUCUUACUGGUGGAAAGGAAGUUCAUAAUGCAGUAGUUAGCAGUAUACAGGAUCUGGCAAAAGCUUUUUCCAGUUAUGAAGAUGAAGUAUUGGUGAAGCGGGAGGAAUUACUUCAAUUUGCACAAGGGGCCAUUACUGGGCUGAAGAUUAAUGCUGAUAUUGGGAGAAUAGAUGCUGAAGCAUCUAGUCUAAAGAAAAAGCUCGAUGGGAUGACAGCUUCCCAGAAGUCUUCUGAAGUUCAUGACAACGGGCCAGAAGGAACAACACCAGAAACUAUAGAGUCGUUGAAAGAAGCACUUGCACAAAUUCGAGCUUGUUCAAGAUUGGAAGGGCUUCUACUAGAGAAGAAAUUUCUCAACAACGGAGACUCACCGGAGAUCCAUGCUCAAAAGGUUGAUAAAUUGAAAGUCUUAUCAGAAUCUCUUGCUAACUCGUCUGUGAAAGCUGAAAAGCGUAUUUCAGAUCACAGAUCCCAAAAAGAGGAGGCACUUAAAGUUCGUGUUGCCAAAGCAAGUGAAGCAAGUGAAAAAGAGAAGGUAAAUUGGCCCAGCGUAUCAGGACCUCUGGGUCUGGGCGUCCCCCGAGUUCUCGCCGCCGCACUCCAAGAAGGGCAGUUGGGUGCUAGGAAUUUCAGAAGUGCCAAGCAGACUAUAAAACGAUUAGAAGAAGCAGCUGUCUCUUGCAGGGGCAGUGAAAGAACUCUGUUACUGAAAAGGUGGUUGAUUGCACUUAAAGACACUGAAAAGUUGUCUCAUGAUAGCUCUGAGGACAAAGAAAACACACUCAAUGAACAUACUGCUUCUGAUGAUUCGAAGGAAAGUCCAAGAAGACCAUCCAUGGCUUCGUAUUAUGACUCUGAUGUGGGGGGUGAACCAAUGAAUUUUCGAGAUGUCUUCCUUCAAAGUCAAGCUCUGGAGGGCAUAGCAUUGUCUAUGAUUCUUGAAGCCCCAAAUGAGGAAGAAGUUUCCCUUCUUUCGGUGAUGUUUGGGCUUUGUCUUACUGGUGGAAAGGAAGUUCAUAAUGCAGUAGUUAGCAGUAUACAGGAUCUGGCAAAAGCUUUUUCCAGUUAUGAAGAUGAAGUAUUGGUGAAGCGGGAGGAAUUACUUCAAUUUGCACAAGGGGCCAUUACUGGGCUGAAGAUUAAUGCUGAUAUUGGGAGAAUAGAUGCUGAAGCAUCUAGUCUAAAGAAAAAGCUCGAUGGGAUGACAGCUUCCCAGAAGUCUUCUGAAGUUCAUGACAACGGGCCAGAAGGAACAACACCAGAAACUAUAGAGUCGUUGAAAGAAGCACUUGCACAAAUUCGAGCUUGUUCAAGAUUGGAAGGGCUUCUACUAGAGAAGAAAUUUCUCAACAACGGAGACUCACCGGAGAUCCAUGCUCAAAAGGUUGAUAAAUUGAAAGUCUUAUCAGAAUCUCUUGCUAACUCGUCUGUGAAAGCUGAAAAGCGUAUUUCAGAUCACAGAUCCCAAAAAGAGGAGGCACUUAAAGUUCGUGUUGCCAAAGCAAGUGAAGCAAGUGAAAAAGAGAAGGAAUUAGCAUCUGAGAUUGCGGAGCUUGAAAAACAGAGAGACGACCUUGAAGCUCAGUUGAAAAAGGUUAAUAUCUCCUUGGCUGCAGCUAACGCCCGACUUCGCAAUGCCAGGGAAGAGAGAGACCAGUUUGAUGAGGCAAACAAUCAGAUUGUUGAACACUUGAAAAUGAAGGAAGAUGAGCUAUCAAAAUCUGUUGCCUCAUGUAGAAUAGAAGCAGAUGUUCUAAAUACAUGGCUUAAUUUUUUGGAAGAUACCUGGGUUCUGCAAUGCUCAUAUGCAGAAAUGAAGGAGAAGCAGGUCAAUGAUGAAUUGGAGAGGCAUGAGGACUAUUAUGUGAAAUUGGUCAUUCAUCUUCUCUCUGCUUACAAGAAAGAGUUUGGGCCGUCUAUAAGCCGUAUUGGAAAAUUUGUGGAGAAUCUAAAGAAAUUGAGUGAUGGGCCAGAGACUGCUUCCGGUGCAGAAAAGGACGAUUCUGGAUUACUAAACCCAAGGAAACAUCUUGAGGAGGAAUAUUUGGACUAUGAAGCCAAGAUUAUUACCACCCUUAGUGUUGUGGAUAACAUGAAAGAACAAUUUUAUGCUCAACAAUCCAAAAUUUCCAGGAAAGGUGAUCAAAAGGUUAAGGAGCUGUUUGAUGACAUAGAGAAGUUAAGAGGGGAAUUUGAAUCUGUUGAGAGACCAAAUCUUGAAAUGGAGAAUCCACCCCCAAAAGAAGAAGCUCCAUCUACUGAAACGAUCAAAAGUGGUCCACCAGAACCUCGAAACAAGGAUGCAGGGGCACAUAAAGCCGAGACAGAUGAGCAUCCAAAAUCACCUGUAGCCAAGGCAGAUCAAGUGUUAGACCCUGCAGCAGAACUAGCAAAGCUCGAGUCGGAGUUUGGUAAGGUGGGUCAAGACUACUCGGCUGAGGAGAUUGGUGACUGGGAGUUUGAUGAGCUUGAAAGGGAAUUAAGAUCCGGGGAUUAAAUAUCACCAAAUAUGUCGAUUGGCCAUCUAGCCAGCCCUUGUUCAAAUAUAAUAAACAAACUUGCAUAUAUUUAUGAGUAUGAUAUAGCCGUAUAGAUCUGUAUCUGACCUCCCAAAAGCUGCGUGUCAAACUCUUUUAUGUAACUAGUUAACAACUUGGAUUAUCAAUUGGUUCAUUCUUCUGUAAAUUCUAGAACACGUUUGUUGUUGUAAUAUGGGAUUUGACGAAACAAAUGAAUUAAAGGUAUUCGGAUGCGAAUGUUGAACUUAAAACAGUUUCUUGGACCACUUUGGCAUUAAGAGUUAAGUGGUUAAUGAUGUGAUUUGGGUAGAAAUGUGGCUUCAAUUGCUUCCCACACCGGUAAUGGAGAUUGGGGUUACCCACCUGAUGUAUGUAAUAAGACGUUUGAUUCACACACACUAAGAAAUGAGGGAACUUUG